AGUUUUCAGUGCGAACAGAGUGAAGUCAAGAAUCUCAUAGGGAGGAGACGCGUAGGGAAAGUGUCCAGCAGGGGGCUCACUUAAUGGCUUCGCAUGGUACCAUUGCAGUUUUUUUGUUUCUUGCAGAUGGAUUUGGAAAAGUUGAGGCAGGCCCGUCUUCAACGGUAUAGUGGCGUGACAAGCACAAUAGUGAAUGAUGCUGAUAUUAGUGCUGGCGAAACUGCCUCUGCAGGUGGUAAUGUGGAGGAGGCGGAACCAACGCAAGCUGUGGUCAGCGAGCUUGUGUACUCCAGCCUUGUGCCCUCCUCAAACGAUGUUAUUGCGGGGACCCUUACCGAGAUACGGGACCUCCUGUUGCAACUUCCAGCAAAUAUUGCAGCCGCUUUGGCAGGUUCCAUCCCUGCUGCUGUUCAAUCAGUAUCUGCUGCAGCUCCCUCACCUGCACCCCUGCAAGCAACUGUUGCAGCAUCCCUACAAGUACCUCAUACAGCACCUCCGCCACUGCAAGCACCUGUUGCAGCAUCCCUACAAGUACCAGCACCUCCGCCACUGCAACCACCUGCAGCACCUCUACCUUCUCUGCAAGGGGCAAUGCAAAUUGCUCCCCAGCCAUCCAAUGAUUCAGAACCGGAUGAACCCUAUCCUGUCGAAGAUUCCCAGGUGGACCUAUUCAGUG